CAGCUAUAACAUGGUGCGAAAGGCAGCCUGUCUCACAAGCUCUCCAGCCUUGCUACCAUUUAAAAUCAGGCUCUUUUUGUCUUGUAAUUGCUGUCUCGCGACCCAACUCCGAUGUGUUCCGUUACCAGCGAGCGGCAGCCUGCCUUCGCAGCCCCUGUCUGGGUGGGGAUCCGAGGCAAGUCCCCUGCAGCAGCGGCAGGCAAGGUUAUAUAGGAAGAGAAAGGAGCCACGCAGCGCGGGAGGGAGCGAACGAGCCGAGCAGGGAAGGGAGAGCCGAGCGCAAGGAGGAGCGCACACGCACACACCCGCGCGCACCCGCUCGCGCGCAGACCGCGCGGGGACAGCUCGCAAGUCCUCGGGUUCCCGGAACGAGAUGCUGCUGCUGGCGCGAUGUCUUCUGGUGGCCCUCGCCUCCUCGCUGCUGGUGUGCUCCGGGCUGGCAUGCGGGCCCGGCAGGGGGUUUGGAAAGAGGCGGCACCCCAAAAAGCUGACCCCUUUAGCCUACAAGCAGUUUAUCCCCAACGUAGCCGAGAAGACCCUGGGGGCCAGCGGCAGAUACGAAGGGAAGAUCACCAGAAACUCCGAGCGAUUUAAGGAACUCACCCCCAAUUACAACCCCGACAUCAUAUUUAAGGAUGAGGAGAACACGGGAGCUGACCGGUUAAUGACUCAGAGGUGCAAGGACAAGCUAAAUGCCUUGGCCAUUUCCGUGAUGAACCAGUGGCCAGGAGUGAAGCUACGGGUGACCGAAGGCUGGGAUGAAGAUGGCCACCACUCAGAGGAGUCGCUACACUAUGAAGGUCGAGCAGUAGACAUCACAACCUCUGACCGCGACCGAAGCAAAUACGGCAUGCUGGCCCGCCUGGCUGUGGAGGCUGGCUUUGACUGGGUCUACUACGAAUCCAAAGCGCACAUCCACUGCUCCGUGAAAGCUGAGAACUCCGUGGCCGCCAAAUCCGGCGGCUGCUUCCCAGGCUCGGCCACCGUGCACCUGGAGCAGGGCGGCACCAAGCUGGUGAAGGACCUGCGUCCCGGGGACCGCGUGCUGGCGGCCGACGACCAGGGCCGGCUGCUCUACAGCGACUUCCUCGCCUUCCUGGACCGCGACGAAGGCGCCAAGAAGGUCUUCUACGUGAUCGAGACGCGGGAGCCGCGGGAGCGCCUGCUGCUCACCGCCGCCCACCUGCUCUUCGUGGCACCGCACAACGAGUCGGGGUCGGAGGAGACCUGGGCGCGGCGGGGCGCGGGCCCGCAGCCGGGGCCGAGCGCGCCAGCCCGGCGUGCGCUCUUCGCCAGCAACGUGCGCCCGGGCCAGCGCGUGUACGUGGUGGCCGAGCGCGACGGGGACCGGCGGCUGCUGCCCGCCGCGGUGCACAGCGUGACGCUACGCGAGGAGGCCACGGGCGCCUACGCGCCGCUCACCGCGCAGGGCACCAUCCUCAUCGACCGGGUGCUGGCCUCGUGCUACGCCGUCAUCGAGGAGCACGGCUGGGCGCACCGCGCCUUCGCGCCCUUCCGCCUGGCGCAUACCCUGCUGGCGUCGCUGGCGCCCAUGCGCACAGACCGUAGCGGCGACGGCGGGGGCGGCAGCCGCGUCCCUCCCCCCGAGGCGGACGCCGAUGCGCCGGCCGCGGGCAUCCACUGGUACUCGCACCUGCUCUACCAAAUCGGCACCUGGCUGUUGGACAGCGAGGCCUUGCAUCCUCUGGGCAUGGCGGUCAAGUCCAGCUGAAGUCAGCGGGGACCGGGCAGGGGGCAUGGGAGGCGGAUGGGGAGGGCAGCAACAGCGAGAUGACACAACAGACACGGGAAAAGCGCACGGAAGGAGACUUUUAAUUAUAAUAAUAAUUAAUAAUAAUAAGUAGGACAGUCCAAAGUAGACUAUAAGGGAGCAAAGACCCCGGGGAGUUCUGUUGUUCUGUUUAG